UAUUAGCCUAAUUACCAAAACAAAACAAAAAAUUCUUUCAAAAAAAAUUAAAAAACAAAAAAAAAAUUGCAUUAAAAAUUGAGACGGACGGCUCAACCAUUACAUCCACCAUCAACAACAAAUCAGAACAUUUGUUAAAACAUUGUUUCAUAAGUUUUUGGUGAAGUUAAGGCUUUUUUUUGUUAAGAUAUUUAUUUGAUGUAUUUCCAUUUUCUAUACUAGUCCUUGGUUCUUUUCAUUUUAUGGUAUGAACAUAAGUCAUGAUUUCCAAUUAGACCGAUAUUUUGGUCUGGUUUUUAAUAUAACCUCACCAUCCAAAAUUCAGUGACCCUUGUAUCAUUUCAUUGGUCAUAAAUUUGGAAUUUCAGUUUAAGGCCAAUUAAUUUGUGCUGCUACAUUCAUCACAUAGCACCAAAAGACAACUACCUCAUUGAAAUUGUCAUCAACCAUUGCUACUACAUUAAAAAAAAGUAUACACUAAAUUAGUUAUACUACUUUGUAGUACAUGUUAUUUUUCAUAUCCACCUUUAUAGUAUCUUUUUUCUUUAAUCAUUGAAUAUCUCCAACAAAAAUUUGAUUCAUAUCAUUCCAAAAUUUAUCAAUGUUAGCUCAUAUUGCAAUGGCUGUGGCAAUCACAGCCAUAGCUAUGUUAUUCAUAUCAGGAAUUUUUCUUUACUUCUACCACAAAUUUAUUCUUGCUAGAUACAAAAGUAGAAACAAAGUUAUUACUAAAGGUACCUUUUUUCAUGAGCCAGUACUGAACCAUCAUGAAGAUAUCAAUAGAUUUUGUGGUAAUGUGAAAGGAAAAAUUGUUGAAAAAAAUGGUGUUGAUGUUAUUUAUAUGAUGGACAAAGAAAGUAGACAAAUGAUAACUAGAUUUCCAAAUUGUAUGUACAAUCCUAGUUAUGAAGAUCAUGAAGAAGAAAAGAUAAUAGAUGUAUUGGUUCAUAAGUCCAAAACAUCCAAUGAGAUUCCAUUUGCAUGUGAAUCUCCACUUCCACCACUACAAAAAUCUUCACAAAUGAAUCUUGAGAAGAACAAGAUUCACAUGAGUUAUUACCAUCAACCACUACCAUCUCCACCUCCUUCUCCUCCUCCUCCUCCUCCUCCUCCACCACCACCAGCUCCUCCACGAAAAGAAAUUCCGAAGGCACCACCUCUUCCUCCAACCAUGUACAGAGAAGGAGCAGCUGCAGCACCACCACCACCUGGUCCACCUCCACUUCCAAAGUCUAGGGGAUUCAUUUCAUCCAUGAAACCGCCACCAGCACCGAAAGGAAAAGCAAAUGUCAAAGAGGGUGUAAUAGGAGAGAGUUCAAGAGAGAAGGCUGGUGGCCAAACAAGGCUAAAGCCUCUACAUUGGGAUAAGGUUGCAGCUGAUGUUGAUCAUUCAACUGUGUGGGAUCAGAUUAAUGAUGGAUCUUUUCGGUUUGACGAUGAACUCAUGGAAUCACUCUUUGGAUAUUCAACAGGCUACAAGACCCAAGAAAGAAACAGGUCUCUUUCCACUAUGAACAAGUCCAAUUUCAGCACACCAACUCAAAUAUUCAUCCUUGAGCCAAGAAAAUCUCAAAACACUGCAAUUGUGCUGAGAUCACUAGCAAUUUCUAGGCGCGAAAUCUUGGAAGCAGUACUUGAUGGUCAAGGACUCAAUGUUGAGACCCUUGAAAAACUCACAAAAAUAGCUCCAUCUCAAGAAGAAGCAUCCAAAAUAGUCCAAUUCAGCGGAAACCCGAAUAACCUUGCUGAAGCUGAGUCUUUCCUAUACUACAUCCUUAAAUCAGUUCCAACAUCGUUCAACCGUUUGAAAGCAAUGCUUUUCAGAUCAAAUUACGACAGUGAAAUUCUUCGGCUUAAGGAACACUUACAAACACUUGACUUGGGUUGCAAGGAACUGAAAACUAGUGGUCUAUUUUUGAAACUCCUUGAGGCAAUUCUCAAAACUGGUAACAGAAUGAAUGCUGGAACUUCAAGAGGCAAUGCGCAAGGUUUCAACCUGAGUGCUCUUACAAAACUUUCCGGUGUAAAAAGCACAAAUGGUAAAACUAGUUUGCUUCAUUUUGUAGUGGAACAAGUAGCUCAUUCAGAAGGCAAAAGACAAGCUAUCUAUGAAAAACACAAUGAUGAAAGUGAAAAGGGUUAUUUAUUUCUUGGUUUAUUAGUGUUAGGUGAACUAAGUGAUGAGUUAUCUGAAGCAAAAAAAGCAGCUAGCAUCCACUAUCAUAGUUUCAUCACUAUGUGUUCCAAUCUCAUUUCUCAUGUAACUGAAAUUAGAGACAUCAUAACAUGCUGUGGAAACACUGAGAAAGGUGGAUUCUUCAAUGAAAUGAAAGAAUUUCUAGAGUUAUGUGAAGAGGAACUUAAGGUGGUGAAAGAGGAACAAACAAAGAUAAUGGAACUUGUGAAGAAAACAAAUGAGUACUAUCUAGCAGGAGCAUCAAAAGACAAUAUGCCUAAUCCUUUUCAUUUGUUUGUGAUUGUAAAAGAUUUUGUUGAAAUGGUGAGUCAAGCUUGCAUUGAACUAAAAAAGAAGGCAGAAAAGAAGAAUGUAGGAGUUGAGUCUGCAUCAACAACACCACCUUUGUCUCCAUCAAAGAUAGUGCCACUGAGAUUCCGUAACCUUGAUUUAAAUUUUCUAUCCAAUCAGUUAGACUCUACAUGUUCCAGCCAGUCAGAAGAUGACUUCUGAAGCUGGAUUACUGCAUUUGUAUCCCUAUGGUUUAUGCAUAAAAUGGUCAUUUUAGUUCCUUUUAUAAUUAUAGAUCUGUUAUGUAAAAUCUUUAACAUCUACAAACUUCAAGAUGUACAUAAAUUAUUAGUGUAUUCAAGUUGUCAA